CCCGCACCACGGCCAUCUCUACCAUUAUUCCUUAACCCAGACCGCAGCAGGAACAGCAGACGGCCUUCUCGCCAUCUCGCCGCCCGCCUCUCCUUCACCACCAGCUCUCCGCCCGCCUCCGCUGCGCCGCGCCACCGAGUCUGCUGCUCUCGUCCCAAGUCGGCCUCUCGUGACGCUCCGCUAUCUUCGUGCGCAGUAGCCCAUCGUCGCUUCCUUCCGCUGUAACAGGCAAGCACUUUGAGAGUCGCCCCUUCCUGUUCAUGUCUUCGCACCGCGAACGGACUUCCAAAAUGCCUCGCGCGUCCACAACCAGCUACGGCCAGGUCAUCGAGUACAUCCAAGACCGUCUCUACCUGGCCUCGUAUACGUAUGCUCCGGAUGCGUCUACUCCGUUCCCUUAUCCCAAGCAGUCCCAGUCGCCUUCCAAGCGGUCGUCGCGCGCCCAUGGCGGCCCUACAGCUCCAGCACACAAGGUGCUCCCGCCCGUCUACUUUAGCAUUGACAAGACGCUCCUGUACAAUGCUUUCCACGGUGACUUUGGCCCACUUCACAUUGGUCACCUCUACCGCUUCGCCGUACAGCUGCACGAGGUCCUAGGCGACCCCGCCAACGAGGACCGCGCAGUCGUCUUCUGGAGCAACGCCGACUCGAGGAGUCGCGCAAACGCUGCUUGUAUCCUGGCAUGCUACAUGGUGCUUAUCCAGUCAUGGCCUCCUCACCUGGCCCUCGCCCCUAUCGCACAAAUGGAUCCUCCCUGCAUGCCCUUCCGCGACGCCGGCUACAGCCAGGCCGACUAUGUGCUCAACAUCCAGGAUGUCAUCUACGGUGUAUGGAAAGCCAAGGAAGAAGGCCUCUGCGGACUCAAGGACUUCAGUCUGGAGGAAUACGAAAAGUACGAGCGCGUAGACAUGGGAGAUUUCAACUGGAUCACCCCCGACUUCCUUGCCUUUGCCUCGCCACAACAAAAGCCCACACACGAGAUCCCCGCUUCCUCGCCCAUGUAUGCGACGCUUCCUUCCAACAUUGCCGAGAUCCAAAGAUCCGACCUUCCUAGUCCUUUCAAGAACGUACUCUCACAUUUCUGCGCGCGCAACGUCGGCCUCGUCGUUCGGUUAAACUCGGAGCUGUACUCGUCCUCGUACUUCACCAAGCUGGGCAUUCAGCACCUGAACAUGAUCUUUGACGAUGGAACAUGUCCGCCCCUGUCCCUUGUUCGCAAGUUUGUCAACCUUGCACACGAGAUGAUCACUGUACAAAAGCGAGGCAUCGCCGUUCACUGCAAAGCUGGUCUUGGACGAACUGGCUGUCUCAUUGGUGCAUACCUCAUCUACAAGCACGGCUUUACUGCCAACGAGAUCAUCGCUUACAUGCGAUUUAUGCGCCCAGGAAUGGUCGUAGGCCCUCAACAGCACUGGCUGCACCUGAACCAGGGCACUUUCCGCGAGUGGUGGUACGAGGACACCAUGAAGGCCAAGUAUGCUCAGAUGGUACCUUCCACACCCACAAAGUCAUCGCACAAGCAGCGCCUUGCUAGCAACGGACAAACAUUCACUCCCCCCAACGGAUCGCAGAAGCGCGCAGCUCUGGGCGAGAUUGAGUCGAACGAGCGCAGCAAUUCAGGACACAUUGGUGUAUUAGACGACAACCUGCCUGCGCCGACACCUGGCCAGCCGCGAAAGACUAGCAAGCUUUACGGCAACGGAUCGCGACAAUCGCCCCAGCGCAUUGACGAGAACGAGCCAUUCACAAAGUCGCACACAGAAGUGAGGGCCGACAUUACCCGCUUCGACGGCGAGUCAGACGAGGAGUUCCACCUUCGCCAGAUUGCGCGACGGACAUCGUCGCGUUCGCCCCAGCGUUCGCCCACCCUCAAGGAUAAGCAACGCCGUGCUUUCAGCACCACGUCUGUCAUCCAGACUUCGGUAACGCACACAUCUUUUGGCUACGGCGAAGAGAGCGAUCUCGAGAACACCGCACCAACCGGCGCGCGGCCAAAGACACCAAAGGAGAAGAGCGGCAAUGGCAGCAUCAGCAUGACCAAGGUGCGAUCGAGCCCUUCACGGCGAAGCACCGACGGAAAGGCUGGUGUACGAAAAACCAGCGGCCGCGUUGGCAGCGUUGGCAACGCCAUAUCACGAACCAAAGCAUGAUGAACGUUUCUGGAUUUUCCACUUCUUAGUCUCCAUCUCCAUCGCAACGGAGUUCCAGCAUGGCGCCACAGGACACUACACUUAUUACGAUUGUGCUAGCUUCGAUUUUCUCCUGUCCAAGUCAAGUCCUCGUCUAUCCAGCAUGCGUGCCUGGCUUUUGGCGCUACAAAUGUCUUUAUACAUAUUAUAGGGGUCCGGCGUUUUUGGGAUUGCCAAUGUGAGCAUAUUGGCCUUUUGGGAUAUCUCUGCUUGGUACUUAGUCGGGGCCGGCGCAUGGAGUGCGUCGAUUUAUUCUUUUCUUGUUAUUCUUUUUUUCACUUUUUUUCUACUGUCUCGUCACCGAUGGUGGGGGGUGGAGUUUGUGCCUGGCUUUACUAGUAGUCUUGUCCCUUUUCGCGCUUUAUUUAGCUGCGGAUAUGUUCAUGACGUGUAUGAGUUUCAUGAUGAGCGUAAUUCCAGAC